AUGUGCGACGAAAACGGGAAACCCCUGGGCGACGACGACAGCGACGACGACAAGAGAAACGGCGACGACAGUGGCAACAACAGCAGUGACAGCAGCAAGCAGGGCAAGCCGAGGCGGGCCAGGACGGCGUUCACCUACGAGCAGCUGGUCGCGCUGGAGAACAAGUUCAAGACGACCAGAUACCUGUCCGUGUGCGAGCGGCUGAACCUGGCCCUGAGCCUUAACCUGACGGAAACACAGGUGCGUGGUAACGUGAAGCUGGCCUCAUCAGCAUCAUGUAAUGCAAUGAUGUCGUGUGAUCGUGCAAUCUAUGAUUUGCAGGUUUUUCAAUCUAUCUAAGCCUGACACGAUGUUUUAGAAUGAUAUCAGUUUAAGGUGUGCGUCCCCUGCCAAAACUUAUGACAGUGCUGAGACUCCCGCGUCUUGAAUGCGUACUUGCGUUUGUCCACGGUGCACAGGUCCAGCUGCGACUUUACUAUAGAAGUGAAAGGGGAUCGUAUUUUGGCAGUCUUGUACGCCUUCAUAAUUGAGCAAUAUUUUCAAUCAUACAGUUGGUAAACGUAAAUGGGGAAAAUUAUUAGUUAAAAAGAUGGAAGGACAAUUCCUUUAUAUAUACAUACAUACACACACACACAUACACACACACACACAUACACACACACACACACACAUAUAUAUAUAUAUAUAUAUAUAUUUGAAAGGCAUCAGGUAACACUCACAUGGAUCUAGAAAGGUAAUUUGUCAACAGAAGGGAAGGUCAGACCGACCUGUUGACGAAUGCAACUUUCGUCGGAGAAUCACUCAUUCCUAUAAUAAUCUGGAACAUCGCACAUCAGAGCCAGAAAUGUCCACAAUACAUUAUCCAUGCUCACGGAUCUGGCUCCGCCAAGCGCUGUCCAACCUGUGUCAGGUACAAAAAAGGAAAAAAAAAAAAGAUGCAGCUAUAUGUCCUUAAACUAUCGGUGAACACGUAAUGCUGAUGUUCUCGUUUGAAGAACACGGGUUCGAUUCACAAUUAUGAACAUUUUUCACUGGUCCAUCUGAUUUCAUCAUCCAUUUACUUACACGAUUACACUUCAGCAACGGUGAUAUUUCGUAACAAUAGACAGCAAAAAUGCGUUACUUGGUGCCGUCUUGUUGAAUUUCUCUUGAUAAUGUUACGUCACUAUCCCCCAUCACAAUCCCCAUCACAAUCCCUCAACACAAUCCCACAACACAACCCCCCUGACAACCCCCCAAAUCCCCCAACACAAUCCCCCAUCACAAUCCCCAUCACAAUCCCCCAACACAAUCCCACAUCACAAUCCCACAUCACAACCCCCCUGACAACCCCCCAAAUCCCCCAACACAAUCCCCCAUCACAAUCCCCAUCACAAUCCCCCAACACAAUCCCACAUCACAAUCCCACAUCACAACCCCCCUGACAACCCCCCAAAUCCCCCAACACAAUCCCCCAUCACAAUCCCCAUCACAAUCCCCCAACACAAUCCCACAUCACAAUCCCACAUCACAACCCCCCUGACAACCCCCCAAAUCCCCCAACACAAUCCCCCAUCACAAUCCCCAUCACAAUCCCCCAACACAAUCCCACAUCACAAUCCCACAUCACAACCCCNGGGGGGGGGGGGGGGGUGGGGGGGGGGUGGGGGGGGGGGGGGUGGAGUUUCAGGACUGUUUUCAGUUACUUAUGACGCAUACUUUAAUACAUUAAAAAAAAGAUCAAUCGACGGUUUGGGCCGGAAGUAAAGUUUUAGUUGUUUCCCUUUAUAAAAUGUACCAUUUUAAAUAACACCCACUAAUUAAACUUACCGGAUGCCGUGUUGGUGGAAUAUGUGCAGGCAAAACUUUGACGAAUGAGCUCGGUUCCUGGCCAUGCAACUAAAAUAAAAAUGGAUAGAAAAAAAAAGGAUUUAAAAAAAAUAUAUAUACUCUUUAUUUGUUCUGAAUUUCAUAUCUAUCUAACUGUGAAAAGAUUUUGCAAGGCUUACUACGCAUGUAAAAAAAUAAAAUAAAAAAAAAUAAUUGAAAUGAAUGUACAUUUAAUGGGGAAAGAAUCUCCCGCAUAUUCAGAGAGAUAUUGUGUCCUCCAAUGUGAUCGAUCAUUUCUUGUAGAGUUGCGGUAACGGGAUCGGAGAGUUAACCAAGAAAUAUAUUCAUUUAGGCUCAAAACCCUCGAGGUAUAAAUGACAGAGGGAAAACAGACUUGUAAUCAACGUCUCGGCAGAAAGCCUUCGUAAUUCCAGCAGCCUUGUAGCAGGACAGCGUUCAUGAUGGACGGGAGGGGGUGUACAAUAAUCAAAAAUGGCUGGGCUCUCUACUCAGUGGACGGGCAACUAGCUACACGCGGCAGCGAGCGCGACCUGUCGGGGAAAACCCGAGCUAUUUACAGGAUAGCACAGCCUUGAAGUGUUACAAGCUGGUGCCGACAGCAGGACGAGGGGUUUCCCUCGUUGUCUUUACUUGAAAUCAGUGGAGAAUGGGGAUAUGAUACUCUACGAAUGGGGAAAUGGUUUAAGCGGAAGUAUUUGAUACGAUUCGUGUUUUUGUUGUUGUUUGUUUGUUGUUUUUUUUUAAACCAAAAACUUCAUCUAAAAUUAUAGAAAUAGGAACAUUUAUACAUUUUAAAUAAAACUGAUUUGUUGUUUGAUUUCUUUAAAGAAUAAAAAAAAAAAAAAAAAAAAAAAAAAAAUAUCUUACAGUGUCAUUUAAAUAUUGAAAAGAAGACUAACUUAAAAGCGUGUCCUAUAUGUGGCUGUCAAAAUAUUGUAACUAAUGCAAUAGCUCCCAAUACAGUAAAAUAGUGAAUAACGCACAAACAUGCCAGUUAAAGACGACUAAUUCUUAAAAUCUUUUCAGUCAAGUUGAAUUUUAACCAUGAUUAUAUAUAUAAAAAAAUGUGUUUAUUGAUUAGCUCUAUUAAGUUGCAAUUUCUUUUUUUUUUAAAAAAAAGCAAAUUUAUUAUUGAGAAUUAAAAAUUUAUUUUCAGGUAAAAAUCUGGUUCCAGAAUCGUCGAACAAAAUGGAAGAAACAAAACCCUGGCCUAGAUGUCAACAGUCCGACCAUCCCGCCAUCCUCUGGGGGUUUCGGGUCCUUCUCCAGCCCGUACUCCAGCAUGCUCUACGGCCAGUCGCUGCACCCUUAUCUGCCCUCGGCGGGCCUCAUGAGCCCUCUGAGCAUCCUCCGGGCCCACGGCUCCUACGCCUCGGGCCAGAACCCGGCUGUGUACUACCCCUAUUUCAGCCAGACCACGUGA